GUAAUAAGCCACACCAAGAUAUAUUUUUUAGAAAUCGUAAAUACAUCACAUACAGGCGCGUUUAGUAGGCGUUUUUAUGCAUGACAAAGUUAAAUGAUCAGUUAAGCAUUGUAUUCACAGAAUAAUAUAUUUGAAAAAAAGAUCGGCUUGGCAAUCUUCGAUAUGGCACUUUUGACAAUCAUAUCUGUUUUUGUGUUGAUAUGCGCAGUACCACAACGCGCGUUGGGUCAAGGCUGUAAUUGUGCCUUUGAUCCCGACGGCACCCUCUGUGAAGCAGCUUGCACGUACUACAGCUAUUGUGAAAAUUUCCAAGUCGUCACGGUACAAUGCCAAGAGGGUGAAGUGGUGGAUAUUGAAGUAGGAGGUUGCAACUCGACGGCGAAUGUGGCGCCCCCUUGUGGCGUGUGGCGGGACUGUUCGAAUAAAGCCGAUGGUUACUAUGCCAACGAAGAUGACAACUGUUUUUCCUAUCACUAUUGCUUAAAUGGCCAAUUCAUGAGUAACAAUCUUUGUCCGACUGGGUGUACCAGAAAUGCAACCUACCUAACAAUGCUUAUUUAAACAAAAGAGCACUACAAAUCGUUUUCGGCAUUAUUAAAGUUGGUUCAUCACUAGUGCGUGACCCGUUUGACUACCUCUCUGUACGACAAAAUCCGGUAUUUUACAUGUUCUGUCUUUGGGUUCUUGUUGUUUUUGGUGGCGAGUAAGAGGGGGAGAAACCCCAGGGUUCAAAGAUGACAUACGCUUAUAAUGUAAAUCUGUAUUGAGAUGACAUCGUCGCUGAUUG